CGCAUUAUGCGACAACUUGGCCACAUUGAAGAGUCGGUGUCCUCAUUUCUGGCGUCCGGAAUUUGCAGCAGAGAACAUGGCCGAUUUCCUGGAUUCAGUUUCUUGGCAGACCAGCUCCAUAAAAACAUAAUGGGAUCCUUUGUUAAAUCGAUUGCGAUCUGAUAAAAAAAAAGUUACCACGCAUGUUGAUCUUUCCACUUCCUUACUUAAUGGCAUUACCUUCUAACAGCAAGCUUCUACAUGCAUGACUAAUUUCUUUAAAUCACAGCAAUAGGGAUGUUACGUGCACUACUCGACUUGUAGAAGAGUUGAAAUAUAACCGACUCCGAGGUAUACUCUUCUCAUCAGAGAUUGAAUCAAUCAUCGGCCAGGCCAAGAAUUAGGAUAUGUUAACUAACUAGCUUCCGUCGAUGAAGGGCAAAUGAAAGAGCUUCAUAAAAUUUAUUGCUUUAGUAUAAACCAUUUGCACACAUUCUUGUAGGGUCGAGGUUUAUCGACUGCAUACUUACAGCCAUCCCAGUUGCAUAGAAGAUAGCAUCCAAAGUAGGUGUUGACCGUCAAAAUCAUCUUGACAUACAGUUGAUGUCGUGACAUUCCCUCUGUUGAUCUAACGGUCCCACGACCCCUCUAAACGGUCCGCCCCGGGACCGAGUGUCCGACUGCCUCAGAGCUGCACUGUCUUGUGUUGCUCGAAGGCAGAGGUUACCUCUAUUAGCAGCAGCAGUAGCAGCAGCAGUAGAAUGAAACUGAAAAAAAAACGGGUGGCUCCGGUUGAAUCCUCGGUGCCACGUAGGAUUUGGUCGACCAAUAGAAUGAAUCAACAGCUGCCGGCCUUUUUGGCCUUUCCCAUCCUAUCCCAACCGUUGGUUUUUGGUGCCAAACAAUCCCUUCUCAUCACACAAUUGUGGCAGCAGAGAGCCAGAGAGAGAGAGAGAGAUAGGGGGGAUUGAGCUGCUGAGUUGCUGUGCAGGCGAUGGAGAUGGCUGUCAGAGCUGCUUCACCGGCCCUCAGAGCUCCGGCUCCAUCGCCGUCUUCCACGGCCACUAGAGUGUGGUGCUGUUCGCUCCCCAGACCUUCUCUGGAUGAGAAGAAGAAGAAGAAGAAGAAAGCUCAGUUCAAGCCCGUCUCCGUAGCGCUGCCCACUUCGGCUUCGCUCUCUCUACUUGCUCUGUUCUCUCCUCCCUACGACGCCCGAGCCGUCACCCUCCCCAAGGACCAGAUCGUCUCCUCCAUCACCGAGGUUGAGAAGACAAUCGAUCAGGUUCAGGAGGCGAGCUCGGGUUUCCUGGACACCGCGCAGCAGAUUUUUAAGGUCGUGACGGAAGCCCUGAAGCCUGCAGUUCCCAUCGUACAGCAAGCUGGAGAGCAGGCACUGAAGAUUGCUUCCCCUGCGAUUUCCGAGGUUACUAAGAAGGCUCAAGAGGCAAUGCAGAGCUCCGGCAUCGAUGCCGAGCCUGUCAUGACCGCUGCUAAGACAGUAGGCGCCGCAGCUCAGCAGACCACAAAGGUGAUCGAGGAUGCCAAGCCCAUAGCCUCCUCAGCUUUCGAAACCAUCUCAUCUGCUGACCCCACUGUCAUCCUUGGAACUGCCGGAGCAUUAUUUAUCACCUACCUCAUCAUCCCUCCGCUUUGGUCCGUCAUCUCAUUCGGUUUUCGUGGUUACAAAGGAAACCUGACUCCCGCUCAAGCUCUCGAUCUUAUUUCCAGUAAGAAUCAUAUCUUGAUUGAUAUCCGGUCGGAGAAGGACAAGGACAAGUCCGGUGUUCCUCGCCUUCCAUCUGAUGCGAAGAACAGGAUGAUCGCAAUCCCCUUGGAAGAACUGCCGAGCAAGCUGAGAGGCCAAGUCAGAAAUGUGAAGCAGGUGGAGGCUGAAAUCGCUGCUCUGAAAAUCUCUUCCCUCAAGAAGAUCAAUAAAGGCUCUAACAUCGUCAUCAUCGACUCGUUCUCUGACUCGGCGAAAAUAGUCGCGAGGACACUAACUAGUCUAGGCUUCAAGAACUGCUGGGUCGUGAUAGACGGGUUCUCGGGAAGAAAGGGAUGGUUACAGAGCCGACUAGGAACCGAUCCCUACAAUUUCUCGUUCGUCGAGGUUCUCUCCCCGUCCAGGAUCAUCCCUGCUGCCGCUGGAAGAUUCGGAACAACUGCAGGUCGGAAGCUGCUUCCCGGGUCCGAGUAGGAGUAGCUCCUGUCUACAUUCCCAGAUGAGUUAGCUCUCAGGACUGGUAGAGAACUUGAAAAGGAAAGGCGGCUGCGUGUUUGGAUCGAGUUGGUAAUUUAAUUCAACACUAGGCUGAAUCAAGAUGGGCCCUGCAUACACAAAUCGUCCUUUUGUUAUUAUCUUGCUAAUUUGCUAAUAAAUUUUUCUA